CUCAAAUAAUAUAUAAGGAAUAAAUCUUUUUGUUCGUUGAGUACUAUAUAUAUGUGUACGUAAGUGUACAUUCACAAAUCACAACAUAUCCAGUAGCGGCCUUGGACAGAAGCGGCAGAAGCAUUUGCUUCCGGCCUUUAAUAUCAAGAGAAAAAUUUCGGCCAUUUUUUCAAUUGCUAUCAGUAGGUCAGAUGGUUAAGUAUCUGUUGUUCUUCUUCCUGGUGCAAAGUUCAAGCCUCCAGGUCAGCUUUUUUUUUUUACUAUGCUUCCAGCCUUUUCAAAAUUUUUUUUACAGGGCCGGAUAUGUUACAUAUCCCUCUACUUUUCUUUAACAAUUUCAAGUGACCGGAGAAAGCAAAAAAAGAUCUCAGCGGCGAAAUGGACGAGUCGUGGCGAAUGAAGAUGGGUUUGAACGUUGAUCCAUUCUUCUCCAUUGCUCCAAGAUCCAUGGACGUUCGAAUCGACGCCCAAGACUUCUCCGAUGUUUUCGGUGGGCCGCCGCGCAGCGUCCUCACUAGGAAAUUCUCCGGCGACUUUUCCCGCUCCGACUGUUUCUACGACGAGAUUUUCCGACCAGCUGGGAUGUUCUCCUGCGGCACGGUUUCUUCUUCUAAAUCUCACGGAAGAAACUUAACGGCGUUUAGAAUUCCGUCCGGCGGAGAUGGAUUUUACGACGGCGUGUUCGGAGGUUGCAGUGGGACGGCGAAGCAGAGUCCAAUAGCUAAAUCGAGGUAGAAUUCCUCGUCGAUGCUCACUUCGGCGGAGAGCAGUCCUCAUCAUCCGCUACCACCGGCUGGGACUGCCGGCCAUGACGUCGGAAUAUCUUCUUCCCCUGUUUCUUCUUUCAUCCGCGAAGAAGAAUAUGAAACAGAGGAAAAACAGAGAACCAGUAAAGCAGAAGAUGAAGAUGAAGAAGAGAUGAGCUCUUACGUAAUCGAAGUAAACUCAGAUCGGUUUGAUCGCUACAGAGACGGAGGAAGCGGAGGAGGAAACUCUGAUUCGAAUGACAUGGAUGAAGCAAUAGCUUGGGCCAGAGAGAGAUCUCAACGACCAGAAACAAAACAAGCACAAGAAGACUUAAUAGAUUCAAGAAGGAGCGAAGAAGAAGAAGCCAAAUCAGAAGAAGAGAUGGAGAUGGAGAUGAAAGAUGAAGAGAUAAGAAUCUGGUUAACCGGAAAAGAAACCAACAUUGGACUCCUCCUCUCAACUUUACACCAUGUUUUGUGGUCAAAUAGCAUUUGGCAAGCGAUACCUUUGGCAAAUCUACGAGAUGGAUCACAAGUGAAGUCUGUCGCCAGCAGAGUAUUCUCCAUUCUUCAGGAAGCAUGGGCUGUGUACUUAACAAAUGAAGGACUCUCAAGCUAAACCGGAAGUCGCAUUUCAUUUUCUGGUUUGUAGUAAAUUAGAAGUGUUCAUAGACAUGUCAAUUAGGGCCGAAGCCCGUAGCCCGAGCCCGCCCAGCCCUAAAAAUUACCGGGCUUGGGCUUAGCUUUAUAAGCCCAAAAAAAAUUGGGCCUUUCGGGCUAAGCCCAUUUGGGCUUUGGAUAUUUUGGGCUUAAGUCCGUUUGGGCUAGGGCCGGCCCGAAAACCCGAAAUUUAUAUUUUAGCGUAAAUAUUAUCCUUCUUUCUUGUAAUCGAAACUAUUAUUAGUAUUGAUAUAUUAUUUUAAUAUUUUUAUCUAAA